UUGGCCGGCAACGCCGCCAGAGACAACAAGAAGACGAGAAUCAUCCCCCGCCACCUGCAGUUGGCCAUCCGUAACGACGAGGAGUUGAACAAACUCCUGUCCGGCGUCACCAUCGCCCAGGGAGGUGUCUUGCCAAACAUCCAGGCCGUCCUGCUGCCCAAAAAGUCACAGAAGGCCACCGGCGGCAAGAGCUAA